AUGACAUAUCCCGAGAGCUUUCAAGGUAUUGGUAUUGUUGACCCAUCAGAUUGGAAGCACCCAAAGAAGAUAGAAUUCGCUCCUAAGCCAUUCUNNNAAGAUUAUGAUGUCGACGUUCAGAUAGAAGCGUGUGGUGUUUGUGGUUCUGACGUCCAUCGUGCGUCGGGUGAUUGGAUGGGCUAUCCCUGCCAANNUUUGGUCGUGGGUCAUGAAAUCAUCGGUCGUAUUGUCAAGUUGGGUCCUAAAUACCAUAGCGGAGUGAAAAUAGGCGACCGGGUGGGUAUUGGAGCUCAAGUUUUCUCUUGUCUGAAUUGUAGGCGCUGUAACAAUGGAGAUGAGCCUUAUUGUUCGAAAUUUGUGACGACUUACAGUCAACCAUAUGAAGAUGGGUAUGUAUCUCAAGGUGGUUAUGCGUCACACAUCAGGUGCCAUGAGCAUUUCGUCAUUCCUAUUCCUGAACAAAUUCCUAGCCAUUUGGCUGCCCCAAUGAUGUGUGGUGGGAUUACAGUUCUUUCACCACUGUUGAGAAACGGAUGUGGUCCUGGGAAGAAGGUCGGGAUUGCUGGAAUUGGGGGAAUAGGUCAUAUGGGGUUAAUUUUUGCCAAAGCACUUGGAGCCGAGAUUUAUGCUAGCUAUAUCGCGUUCAUCCGCCAAAAAGAGGAUUCUCUCAAGAUGGGAGCUGAUCAUUUCAUUGCAACCAAGGAAGAGCCAGAUUGGGGCGAGAAAUACGCAGACACUUUUGAUCUGAUAGUUAUGUGUGUCACAUCUCUAACCGCCAUUGAUUUUGACUUGUUGCCGACGACUAUGCACGUAGGUGGACAUAUUGUGUCCAUUGCGGCACCAAAAAGUACUGAGGUUUUAAAGUUGCGGCCGCUAGGACUUAUGGGCGUAUCCAUCAGUAAUAGUACCAUUGGCUCUCCCAAAGAAAUCAAAAUGAUGCUUGAUUUGUGUGUUGAAAAGAAAUUGGCCAUCUGGGUAGAGACUUUGCCUAUUUCUGAGAAAAGUGUCAACGAGGCUUUCAACAGAAUGGAGGUUGGUGAUGUCAGAUAUAGAUUUACCUUUGUGGACUAUGAAAAACAAUUUGCUUAG